GGAGAGGAGGGCUAUAGGACAGCACGGGGUCGACCUACCGGAAGCCACCUAACGCCUUGAGGCAUUCGGGACAGUUAUGCCGAUCAUGUUAACCUGACAGCUGCAGGAUGUUUUAAUAUGAAAAGGGGCAUUUGCUUGUGGGCUCCAGAAAAGUGUAACUGCGACGAUCAGCGGUUUCGGGGGUUACGUGAGUUAAAGAAACUUUUUUGAAGAAUGCUCAGCGGAGGAGAAAUAUUUGCACCAGUUCAGCGGACCGCUUUUUAACCUUCUAGAGGAGCAAGAACAAGUUUGUCAUCACAUGGACAUCAGACCGAGUUGGCUAUCCGAAGGACACUUCAAUGUAGACUAUUUGUGGACGUUUUCGAAUAGUUAAAACUACUUCCACCGCACUAGCUGGCUGUGAUCAACAGGAUGAGCAUGAAGAACCCGACCUCUCCACACCGCUCCUCCGAUUGAUUGUAGCCUACCCUCACCAACAACACCCAAGGGCAUGAAUGUGGAUACUUGAUGUCUGUGUAACCACAAGGUCCUUAGUGCAUGAGGAAUCAGCACAGCUCGUGAAGCACCAUGUCAGCAGGAGAGCUGAUCGAGCUGCAGGACCUGAGGGCAGGGGACCGCAUCGAGCUGACCCUGCCUUCCGCGUCCCGCACCGCGCGCCUGGAGCGGGUCAACGCCAUGCGUCUGACCCCCGGGAGGGUUCCGGAGCUGCUGAGUCGCGUGCGGAUCAUCCGGCUGCUGGGGGGGAUCGCUGCAGACACCCAGCCGGGGGAGGAGGUCGGGAUCGGGGUGGCCGAUCCAAAGUUAGUGGAAGAGGGGGGAGAGGGCCAUGACUUCCAGCCCUGCAGCCACACGCAGCCCACCUGGUGCGACCUGUGUGGAGACUUCAUCUGGGGCCUGUACAAGCAGAGUCUGCGCUGCGUCAAUUGCAGAUUCACAUGUCACUACAGAUGCCGCGCCCUCAUCAAAUUGGAUUGCAGUUUGGAUCAGGGCUCUGUGGCUGACCAAGCAUUCAUCACAGAGGAGGAGGAGGAGGAGGACACCAUAGAAUCAGACACAAAUGUGGAUGAACAGAUCGAAUUGGGAAAGCAGGAGCUGACAGCUGCAGACAUCCAGAAGAAGGUGAAGGAGUACAAUGCCCAGAUCAACAGCAACCUCUUCAUGUCAUCGAACAAAGAUGGCUCGUACACAGGUUUCAUCAAGGUCCAUCUGAAGCUGGUGCGCCCUGUGUCCGUGCCUCCACCCAGAAAGGCUCCGUCCGCUCAGGACUCCCCUGGCCGCAGUAAAACAGCAGCUGGGAGCGCCCUGAAGCGGCGCACCUCCUUCUACUUGCCCAAGGACACAGCCAAGCACCUGCACAUCAGCUCACGCACCAGCUCCCGCGAGGUCAUCCAGGCCCUGCUCAAGAAAUUCACCGUGCUGGACAACCCGGCCAAGUUUGCCCUGUUUGAGCGCAGUGAGCGUCACGACCAAGUGUACCUGCGUAAGCUUCCCGAUGACGAGCGUCCGCUCCACCUGCGUUUGUGUGCCGGACCCAAUGAGAAUGUCCUCAGCCUGGUGCUGAGGGAGAACGAGACAGGAGAGGUUAAUUGGCACGCCUUCUCUCAGCCUGAGCUCCAAAACUUCGUCCGCAUGCUGAAACGUGAGGAAGAGGAGCACGUGAAGCAGAUCAUUCUGCGCUACACCCGAGCUCGUGAACGCUUACAGGAAGCCCUCCCUGGCUCUAAGCCUGGCUGAGGGGCACCUCCAUGCCCUUCCCAGUUCAGCGUGGGAUUACCUGCAAUGUUGACCUGCGGCCACUAGGUGGCUCCUGAGUCACCGCUGCAUCCAAAGACGACGACGUGGAUAGGCCUUCACUCCCCCCCUCCUCUCUGUCAGCAGAGAGGAUUGACAAAUUCAAGGGAAUGACUGUGUGAGUGAACAAGAGAGAGAAAGAGCAAUAGCAGUUGUGCCUUGGACAUGUGAGAGUGAGUUAUGUCUGGAGGAGCGUAUGAAUGAGCGAAUGAUUAACAGCAGAUGGGAGAGGAAAAGAGUCGUGUCUGAGAACUGAGCCUGUGUGAGCGCGUGCAGUGAGCAUGUGAGAAACCAGCAGCAUGAGUGACUGCUGAGGAUCUGAACUGAUUGGUGGUGGAGUCCAUCCAUCCCCAUCAGCUUCGAAAAAAUGUGUCUGUUCCUCAUUGAGUGGUGUGCUCAUGAGUGAAUGGCUUGUUUGUCAAUAUUUUUGUCUGUUUGUCUGUUUUACAUGUUGGGUACAUGUGUGACCUUCUGAAUGAUUGGGAUUUGGUGUUGAAAAUGUUAAUACAUGUGGGGCGAGUCCUGUAAGGACUUUCCUCAAUACAUCCAAAUACACACAGAACAUUAGGCAGCCCUUUACACAGGUUAGAACAUGUGUUUACACACACACACACACACACACACACCCACACACAAACACACAAUGACACACUUACAAAGACAUUGGAAUUGCACAUUAUCAAACACAUUCCACAGCUACCCAUUUGUCUAAUUACUACAGAUAAAAUUGAGAAGUUGCUAUGAAAUGUGUUACUCCACCAUUUGUUUUGUCAGCUAUGGAAGACAAACUGUUAAAUAAAAGAUAUUUACUGCA